CAAACUCAAUCAAGCCAGGGAUUGCAAACCCAAAGAGGACACAUCUGAGCACUUAACCAAGGACUUGUCACAAAACUGUGUGUGUGUUGGUGUGUGUUGCUGGGAAGCUAAUCUAUCCAGCUCCCAGGACUUUGCUCUUGCACAAGGGAUCAGCUCCAGUCAAGGGAAAGGGGACAAAGUCCCAAGCUGUCACUGUACUAAGUGGACUAAGAAAGGGGCCAGCCUGGAUUUAAAGAAAAUUGUCUCCAGCUGCACCACCACCAUGCAGAAUUACAAGUAUGACAAAGCCAUUGUGCCCCCAGAAACCAGGAAUGGUGGCAGCACAACCUUAAACAACAACAACAAUGGGGAUAGAAACUGCAAAAAAAUCCUUCUGAUCUUCCUGGAUUUAUUCUGCUUGAUAGUGGCCGGCCUGCCUUUCCUGAUAAUUGAAACUAAUGGAAUCGAGCCGUUCAAGAGAGGAUUUUACUGUGAGGACGAGAGCAUUAUGUACCCCUACAAAAACGCAGAAACCAUUAGCGAUACAGUACUCUCUGCUGCCGGCAUUUUAAUUUCCAUCUUUACUAUAAUCGUGGGGGAAUUUUUCCGAAUCCAUUACUUAAAAGAAAGGUCUCAUUCCUUUAUCAGGAACCCGUACCUCUCGGCCCUGUACAAGCAAGCUGGGUACUUCUUAUUCGGCUGCGCCAUCAGCCAGUCGUUCACCGAUAUCGCCAAGGUGUCCAUCGGCCGCCUGCGUCCUCAUUUCCUGGCUGCCUGCAAUCCCGAUCCUUCAAAAAUCAACUGCUCCUUGGGAUACGUCGUGGAUUAUGAAUGCAGGGGGUCUCUGAGAGAAGUCAGGGAAGCAAGGAAAUCAUUUUUCUCGGGUCACGCGUCAUUCUCUAUGUAUAGCAUGUUGUAUUUAGUGUUCUACCUGCAGUCAAGAUUCACAUGGAGAGGAGCCCGUCUCUUGCGUCCUCUUCUGCAGUUCACCCUUCUCAUGAUGGCCUUAUACACGGGACUGUCUCGUGUGUCUGACCACAAGCACCACCCUUCGGAUGUCUUGGCUGGGUUCGUCCAAGGAGCUGUGGUUGCCUAUUGCAUAGUUUUUUAUGUAUCUGACCUCUUCAAGGCAAAGAAAAGCUGCGCACCUCCUUCAGCAAGAAGAGAUAACCUCUCCCCUGUGGAUAUCAUAGACAGAAACAUCAACAUUGUAUAAAAAAAAAAAAAAGAAGUCUCAAGCCAACUGAAGACUCUUCUUCACUUCUGAUCGUGAAUACAACUACCUGCUGCUUUCAAAUCUCAUCAGACAGUAGAAUGUAGGGAACAACUGUUUACCCAACAAAAAAAAAAACGGAAAAAAAAACGAAAAAAGUCUGCCAUGAGACCAUUUCGAUAGAAAAUUUUUGCAUGAUCUGGGUGGUAAUCAACUAAACCCCGAAAGCCAAUGAGAGACAAGGAGUUGGAAGGCAGGAUGUGUGAUUGGUUACUAUGUGUUCAUGUUCUAAUGAACAAUACAUCCAUUGCUCAUAUAUUUAUAAAAGCUAUACUUUUUCAUGAAAAAAAAAAGGGAGUCAACUAGAUUUUGCGGCUUGUAGGCUCAAAAAUCGAAACAAUAGCACUAUGUAUUUUGUAAGAAAUAGCACUGAAAAGGGUUUGGGAUCUUGUCCCAUGAAAUCGCCUCUUUUAUGAUGUUGUUUCGGGUUGCGUUGCAAAGUUGUGUGUCCGUGUGAAUCAGGACUGGUUGACAACAUCGGAGGUUUCUCUCUGUGCAUUUCAUCCAAACAAAGACUUUAAAAAAAAAAAAAAUGCAAAAAUACAUAUUCUUUAUUUGUAUCAAAUCCACCAAAUCAUCUUUAUACUCAAGUCAGACGUUCCUGCCGAGGAGACACUUAAUAAACAAUAGGACGCGGAACAAAUUAACGGAGGAAGAUUUUCACAAGCGAAAAACAUUGUCGGGUUUCUAAAAAUGUUAAUUUUUUUUUUUUUGCACCGACCUAAUGGGAUGCGUUAGUGGUCUUAGUGGUCUGUCUUGAGGUUUAUAGCACUACGGACUUGGGGUUGAUACCCAAUUACCAUAAAUUCACUAUUCUGGAUUUUGUACCGCUGGACGGCACAUAAAAAUCCUUAAAAUUCUGUUAAAGUUUGUCUAAUCUCACAACGGUUGAGGUUCUCCAAACAAGCCAUAGCAUUUCAAAUACCAAACACAAACCGUAUGACAUUUCUGAUGAAUUACAAAAAAAAGAGAAGGAAUUUUUUAUGAUUUUUAAUUAAAAAAAAUUAAUUAAAAGGGCUUAAUCUAUGUGAACCUUAUUAACUAGGCAUAGUCGAUAGGUAGCUUUCUGGCUGUUUUAUUAUUUUUUUUAUCUGACGUCCUUAUAGCCACCAUUGAGCCAGUAGCCACUAAAGAAUUCUUGUAGUUCAUUAGCAGCAGGAAAGCUAUCGAUUGAUUAAACCCUGGAAUAAAUGUAACAUUUAUUCAUAAAUAAAUACCAUUUGCACAUCCUUAUAUAUAAAAAAAAAUAAAAAAAAAAUCCGUCCUAUCAUUUCAACUAUAGCAAGCUAUGAUUUUUAUAUAAAUAUAUAUAUAUUAUAUAAAUAAUGUACAAAACAUUAAAAAAUAACUAUGUAAAAUAUUAUUUCUCCAAACAAUUUUAGAUAUAUCCACUACGAUUAUAAACUUGUCCUGACCUGUGUAAUAUUGCUGCUUAAAAAAAAAGCACCGGUUUUAAUUUUUUUAUUUUUUUUUUGUAUAGUCAACUAAAAUAUUGUAGAACUGUGGUAGUAAUUUCACUAUUAAUAACUACAGCUAGAGACAAUUGUAUAAAAAUGAAUUAAAUUGUCUGUAUUUUUGUAAUGUGUCAUUUUGUAAAAAAAAAAAUAAAAAAGAAUAUUAUUCAAAUACUUUUGUAGAAUACAAAUAUAAAAUUUGUUUUUGCAGAAAUUGCUGUACAAAGAUGCUUUUUUUGAAUAAAAGCUGAUAACGUUUAUUGAUUCUAUCAAA